AUGCUCGAAGUUCGCGACUUCCGCCAGCCUCGGGGCCAGCGCGACUGUGCGUCAUGCUCGGGACUCAGCCGGCCAGCCAGUCAGCACGAGUCCGAGUCCCCACGCGCCAACGACCAAUCAGAGCGGCCGGAGUGGACCAAGAUGACGCUGGAGUGUCGUCGGGCGAGCGGGGCAGGCGAUAAAUCGGCCGAGAAAGGGGACCGCUGCCUCAUGCCCAGAGCCCCGAUUGUGGGCAAUUAUUUAUUGCCGAGACAGUCUGAAAUGAGGGCAGAUGGGCUCGGCCAACGAGUCACAUUCCGGCCCGACGACUGCACUUGCAUUACUGGCCGCGUUGGACGCAAAUUGGUACGUACACGCAAAUGCAGAAUCGAGUUGGCCGAAGACGAGUCCGAUUGUUGCGCUGACAGGCCGAGGUCGCCGGAGCCGGUGUGA